CUCGUAGCGACGGACGGUCGAUCGAACGAAACCUUGCCCCUGUUGUUACUGGGGGGCUGGCUACGCUUGCAAACUUGGCCCUGGCAAUCAACGUGCGAGGUCUGCACAAUAGCUCAAGAUCCGGCUACAUGCGUGUGAAGGAGAGAGUGCGUCUCUCCACGCUCUAGACGCCGAGUGAGGUGCCACGCGGUCAGGUCAAACGUCGCAUUCUAAUCGAAAACACGCACCCGACCGCCUUCGUGUGUGCUGUAAUACUAGUUUGCAUUAAGUAGGACGUCCAGGAACGUCUGGUGAACAAGUGGAAUUCUAAUCUUCUUUGUGCUAUAAAGCACCAAGACCGUUUUGUUGGAUAGUUGUGGCGUCUUAUCAGUGUCUAACUGCAAGUGGGUGAUUGGAUUGGUUCUUGUGAUACUCCAGAAGGCUUAAGCCGGUUUCUGCCCAUCCAUGAUCGAACUGCUGCUGCCCGCUGAUAUCAAGUAGAGGGUUAAAGUCCAACAGGCCUAACAACAGGAGACUGUGAAGUGCAUUCUCACACCCAGGAAAUAAGCUGCCAAGUGACUAGAGCGCUAUGAAGUAAAUCCUCCUAAAAUGUGACAGCAAACCGAUCGACACUUCAAAGCAGUGAGGCAGUAUAGCUGAGAGAUGUAAAUGAGCAGCCUUUAUGGCUUAUCGCUUAUGACCAACGGAAGUGAGUGAAUCGAAUCGGCAACGUCAACACUUGGCUGCCUCAACUUUGACCCCAUUCCAGCCGGGAGACCAGCUCGGUUCCGAAAGAGUUCCAUAAACCAAAACCGGACAUGGAUUGAAGAAAUUCUCCCAACGGAAGACGACUUUAUUCUAGAAGACUAUUCGGCUGGGAGUAGUUCUUGACGUCCACUCUGCCUUUUUACUGAACCAAGUAUCGAGAACCAAUCACAACUACCGGCCUAACAUUCCCUGGCCUGGAGAGUGUGCCGGACACACACACACCUUCGAAGUGGAAAGGAAGUAGCAAAGCAACCGAAAGGACACUGUACCAAAAGUGCUCUCGAGAACCCACCAACCCUGGCUGCAAGAUGAAAGACGUCGAGUUCCAAGACAUCGAGUAUGCGGUCAACGUACGCAAAAGUUUCCUGAGUGAAAGCCACAAACGGAACAUCCUGAAGGGUGUUAGCGGUGUCUUCCGGCAUGGACAAUUAACAGCAAUUAUGGGCCCGUCCGGGGCGGGCAAAAGUAGUCUGCUGAACGCAAUCUCCGGCUAUCGGAAAUCAGGCGUCCAGGGUACGGUACACCUGAACAAGAAGGCAUCCUGCUACAUCACACAGGAAGACCAUCACCAACCGAUGCUGACGGUGGAGGAGUUGAUGGCGAUCGCGUGCAAGCUAAAAAUCAAAGACCAAUCCGACUGUCAGGAAACGAUCACCGAGGUACUGUCCAGCCUGAACCUGAACCAUCGGCGCAAUGUAACGGCGGAACGGUUGAGCGGUGGCGAACGGAAGCGACUGUCGAUCGCACUGGAGAUGGUUGCCAAUCCGUCCAUCUUCUUCCUGGACGAACCGACCAGCGGUUUGGACGAGGUGACGGCGGCGAACUGUGUGCGAUUGCUUCGUGAUCUGGCCCGUCAGGAUCGGACCGUGGUUUGCACGAUCCAUCAGCCUUCGGCCAGCAUUUUCGCGCUGUUCGACCACAUAUACGUGAUUGCCCGCGGGCAGUGCGUGUACCAGGGUAAUCCGAAAGCGCUCGUUCCCUUCCUUUCCCACCUGAACAUCGAAUGUCCGCGGCAUUACAAUCCAGCUGACUUUAUUAUUGAAAUCUGUGAUAGUGACACCCAGGAACUGAUUCCGACGCUUGCCAACGCGAUGCAGAACGGAAAGUCGAUCUGCUCCGAGCAGCAGCUAACCGGCGCGAUUACAGCCGGCAGUUCCGGACCCACCUCGAUCUCUUCCGACCACGAACCCUCCUCACUCGAGCCGGUCAGCGAGUUUGUGCUGAAGCCGACCGUUACCUCGAUGAUACUGGAUCGGCAAGGUCCGCACGUUAGUACGCUGGUGCAGAAGAUGAAACAGAUUACGCGCUUCUUUCACAACCGCCAUGCCGUGUCGGGGUUUGUACAGUUUUGGGUGCUGUUUCGGUUGAUGUGGACGAAGAUUAUACGCAACCGGACGGUGCUGUGGAUUCAGCUGAUACAUCACAUAGCGUGUGGAAUAUUUAUCGGACUUAUAUUUUUGAACGCUGCCAACGACGGUGCACGUAUGUUUGAUCACCUGAAGUUCUGUCUCGGCGUGUGCUUCUUCUUCUGCUACACUCAAGUGAUGGUACCAAUUUUAAGCUAUCCUCGAGAGGUAAAGCUGGUGAAAAAGGAAUGCUUCAACCGCUGGUACGGUCUCUUCCCUUACUAUCUUGCCCUGACGCUAUCCCGACUGCCCGUACAGCUUCUGCUCAACAUUGUGUUCACCCUGCUCGUGUACUGGCUGUCCGGUUUGCCGCCAGAGUUCUUCCGGUACUGUUUGUUCGCACUCGUCGGUAUCAUCGUUUCGCUGUGUGCGGAAGGAUUCGGUCUCAUGAUUGGUGCCACCUUUAAUGUGAUGAAUGGUUCCGCCAUCGGUCCGCUAACGAUUGCACCCUUCCUGGGGUUGGCCAUCUACGGGUUCGAUUUUGCACCACAGAUUCCCGUCCUUAUGCAGUGGCUGAUGCGUGUGUCCUUCAUCCGUGGCGGUGUGGUGUCCGUUGUGUUGGUCGUGUUCGGUUACAAUCGGGCCCGGCUCGAGUGUAACGAGAUGUACUGCCACUUUGAUGAUCCGAAGGUGCUCCUUCAUUACGUGCGCAUCGACAACACGACGCUGCUGUUCGAGCUAAGCAUUCUGAUCUCGAUGACGCUGUUCUACCGGUUGGUGUGCUAUCUGAGCUUGCGGAGACGGUUCUACAAGUAGAGAAAAGAGCAGGGUGCAAACCCCCUUCUGAUAGCAAACACAAAUAUCAUGUGAUCCUGUCGAUGCGACCUGUUCUCUUGCAUCGAGAGUCUUUCGUUUUCGUUUUUAUAGUGUAGCAAAGCGUGUCCUCGUGAAAAGUUGGGUUUUUUUUUUAUUUUGCAAAUCUUUAUUUCUCCAACCGAGCCUAUCGAACACUGACAAUAACGCCUACCAAGACUUGAUAUGCAGUUCCAUGUGGGGGUAGUGAUAAGCGAGUUUUUGACAUAGAUUUUAAACACCAAACCCGCUAGGGAAGGGCUUUUACAAGACGAAUCCAAAGUACUAAUGACAGGCUAGGGUCUCUCUCUCAAACGUACACACACAUACUCUCUCUUUGGAUAGGUGACGUUCUGAGUUGCCAGUAGGUUGGGUUUUGGGGAGGGAAUGUUUUUAAAAAUGCCAGCAAAACAGUGAAUAGCUAUACCACAAACCAGUACGGAGCGUAAUAACAUUCCCAUUAGCUGACUAGAAGGAGUAAUGGCGAAUGUUUUGUUUUAUUUUUUAUGUUAAACACUAGAGAGGAAGGAAGCAGUACGGUUUCAGAUAGGCUUAAGCUGUGUAAUUAUGCAGCAGACUUACGAUUACGAAUUAACGUUAAGCUGUUUGUGGAUGGAAAGGAUAAAAUCAGACAAACAAACACAAAAAAAAGAACGCAAUGAGUGAUGAUACUUUUACAAGGCAAAACGGAACUGCAAAUUAAACUGUACUUACAAAAAAAAACAAACCUGUGCAACACAAAUAAAUGAUUGAUUGGUCACUUUUUCGACUGUUUGGA